AUUCUUACGAAGAUUGCGAUACUGACCACAUCUUGAAAGAAUUAAUUAAUUCUCAGUCUUCGCCCACGAGUUGUUGGUUAAACAUCGACUCAAAUCGUGAUAUUUAUAAGAAAAUAUAUAAUUAAAAAAUAGUAAUUGAAUUUUUAAGUUAUUAUUUCAAUGGCUGAACAGGAUGAAGAUUUUUACUAUGACUUUGCUAUGAAACUAACCCUUGAAGCAGGACAUGUAUUAAAAGGCGCGACAUUUGCUAGAAAAACGGUGACAGAAAAACUAGGCGACUGGGAUCUUGUCACUGAGUAUGAUCGUAAAAUUGAAGAUAUCAUUGUAGGAAAAUUGAGGCAACAAUUUCCUGAUCAUAAAUUUAUUGGCGAAGAAUCUACAGGUAAAAAUUUACCAGAGUUAACAGACGAUCCUACAUGGAUAAUUGAUCCGAUAGACGGUACAACGAAUUUUAUUCAUAAUUUUCCACAAAUUUGUGUCGUCAUUGGGCUGUCAAUUAAUAAAGAAAUGAGAAUUGGUAUCGUUUAUAAUCCAGUUCUUGAACAAUUAUUUGCUGCAAGAAAAGGAAGAGGUUCCUUUCUCAAUGGACGUCCAUUAAAAACGUCAACUGUUGAUGACAUUUCAAAAUCACUUAUUGCCAUUGAACCAGAAUUUAUGAAAGUCGAUGAUUUAAAAGAAAAAAUGAUUGAGAGAAUAAAAUUACUUGGAACUAAAACUCACGGAAUAAGGACAAUUGGUAGUGCAGCGAUAACUCUGUGUCAUAUAGCGCUAGGAGCUAUCGAAGGUUAUCAGAUAGAAGGACCAGGUAUUUCGACUUGGGAUAUUGCAGCAGCUUCUUUAAUCAUCACCGAAGCUGGAGGUGUUGUUAUUGAUCGUGUGACCGGAAAUGAUGUUAAUAUAAUGAACCCACGUGCUAUUGGCGCUUGUAACAUUAAAAUAGCCCAAGAUUUGAAAAAAAUUAUCAACGAUGCUGAUCUUCAAGUUGAACUCCAACAAAAUUAGUUAUCCUGAUGAUUUACUUCAAUUAAAAAAUAAAAAUACUGUUUUGAUAACUAGACUAUUAAUUAUUUUGGGAGACUUAUAACUGGAAAUUAAAUUUAUGGAAUCAAAAGUAAUGUCACGUACCCAAAAAAAAUCCAUGUGGAAUUGCAUGGGAAUCUAUAAAAAUCCAUAAAGGAAAAUAUGGAAUUAUGUAAGAAUCCAUAGGAAUUAAUAUGAGUGUAUGAAUUUAUAUAAGAAUUCAUGGGUAUCUGGAUUCUCAUUAGGAAUUCCACACAGGAAAUUGUGGGUACCUGAAUUCUCAUGCACAUAAGAAGCUGUGGGGACAUAAAUUCCCAUAUAGGAAAUUAACAUAAGAGAAUACAUGAAUUUCUUUUUAGGAAAGUCAUACAGGAAU